AAAGAGAAGUCUUUGACAGUUUCUUCAUACAGACUAUAGGUUUAAGUAAACUACAGUUAAAAACAUGAUGUGGAACGCGAUAUAAGUUUAACCAUGCCGUUAAAUGUAACGUCAGUUCAGAUAAUCACGGUUUGAUUUUGUGGAACUGGGCCUAAACCGUGAUUGUCUGAACUGACGUUACAUUUAACGGCAUGAUUAAACUUAUAUCGCGUUCCAUAUCGUGUUUUUAACUGUAGUUUACUUAAACCUAUAGUCUGUAUCAGUCUGUAUGAAAAAACUAUCAAAGACUUCUCUUUCUUUUCAAACGUAGAAUGUGAUUGGUUGUUGCUAAAAGUAAAAAGAGGGAAAAUUAAAAUAAGCUGGAUAUGACAUUUAGUAGAGAACUAUAUAUUGGAAGAUGAGGACAGCGUGGGACAGCGUUUUGUUAAUUUAGAUUUUAUAUUGUAAAUCUAUAAAAAUCGUAAAAAGAAAAAAAUGGCGAAAGAUCAAGGACAAAAAAAGAGGCUACCAAAUUUCUCAAGUUUAGAAAAAAUUAAAUUAAUAGAAUUAGUAGAACGCGAAAAGAACAUAAUAGAAAACAAGAAAACGGACAACAUCAUUUUAAAAGAAAAAACUACCUGUUGGAAAAAUAUCACAAGAGAAUUUAAUAGCAGUUCCAUCUCCGGACAUCAUGAUGUUGCAUAUCUAAAAAAUUGUUGAGAUAAUUUAAAAAAAGAACCCGGAAACAUUAUGUUGAAAUACGUAGUGAAAUUUUCAAAACAGGAGGUAGUGGAAAGAUAAAAAUAAUUGAUGACCCAAUUGCUGAAAGAAUAAAAAAUAUUAUUCAGCCAUCAGUCGAGGGUCUACAAAAUAUAUUUGACAGUGAUUAUAUGCCAAAUACAGAUAACAAUUCAGGAUCUAGCAAACAAUUAAAAAAUGAUGAAGACUUUUAUCAAAUAGAGUUUCUUGAAGAAGAAAAUGCGAAUGAUAUAACUUGGGCUGAAUGGACACCAGCCAAACUAAGGUCUAAGAAGAGCAAAAAAUUGCAAUUAUUAAAUAACAGUGACAAUGAAGAAUGUUUGACAUUUGAAGACAUAGAAACAGUCAUAUCAUCGUCCUCCAAGGAAAAUUGCAAUCCAGCAGCAACAAGUAACUUAUCAAAGCCAUGUGUUAAGUGCAAGAAAUCCAAACAACUUCAAGUAAAUUCUGCUAAACGAAAUGAACGACAUUAUGAUUUUGUACAAUCCAAAAUAGAAUUGGUACAAAUAUUGAAAGCAAAUACUUACAAAAAAGCAGAAUUAGAAAUAUCAAUUCUUGAAAUGCAAUUAAAAAAAGAAAAACUUCACGUUGAACUACUUAAAAAACAGUUGAAUUCUGAUUAAAAUAAAAUUGUCCCGCUCUCUAAUUAUAUCGAUUGUUUCCUAUUUUAGGUCAUACAUUGAACAUGCUUUUUGUUAAAAAUAUUAUGUGUAUUCUUUUAAUGUCAGUAGUAUUUUAGUCAGUAGUAUUUUAUAAAUUUAUAUAGUUUAUAGUUUACAUUUAUAAUUUUAAAUAUAUUAGUGUUACUACAUGUCACAGAAACAGUAUCAUAAAAAUAAUACACACACGCACAUGAAGAGAAAAUCUAGUAAUAAGCAAGCUUUGUUGACUAUAUAAUUUAUUUUAUUUAUCACGAGUUUCUCUAUUAGUUUUUAUUUCGAUCUCAUAUAUAUUAGAUAUUAUAUCCAAAAAGUGCAAAAUUUAUAUGUACACAUUAAAAAACUUGUUAUUUUA